AUUCAAAAACAAGAACAAGCCGUUCAGCUAUUGAAGUAAAAAAAAGGGGGUGGGAUAUAUAUAUAUAUAACCCACACACGGUCGAGUCCAAAUACCACUUCGGCCUUUUUUUCCCUUUUCUCCUCUCUCAUCCUGCUAGGAGUAUUUAGCUGUUGCCGCGAUGUCUCAUUCCGCAGCUCAGGGCAGUAUUGGAAGCCAUCCGAAGGGCCUGCGCAACUAUAAGAUCAUCUUUUAUGAAUAUGAAAAUUUCCAAGGGCGCAGGAUGGAGUUUAACAAUGAGUGCCGUAACCUGUGUGACCGGGGGUUUGACAGAAUGGGGUCCAUCCGCGUUGAAUGCGGCCCGUGGGUGGGGUACGAGCAGCAGAAUUUCGGGGGCGAGAUGUUCAUGCUGGAGAAAGGGGAGUACCCUCGCUGGGACUCCUGGUCUAACAGCUACAGGAACGACCGCUUCAUGUCCUUCCGUCCCGUCCGUAUGGACGUGCAGGACCAUAAGAUCUGCAUGUACGAGUGUGUGAACUUCGAGGGACGCAAGAUGGAGGUGUGCGAUGAGGACAUCCCCAGCCUCUGGUCCUACAGCUUCCAGGACCGAGUGGCCAGCAUUCAGGUCACAGGAGGAACCUGGGUGGGGUAUCAGUACCCUGGUUACCGUGGUUACCAGUAUGUGUUUGAGUGCGGCCCGUACAAGCACUGGAACGAGUGGGGAAGCAACCAGCCCCAGAUCCAAUCCAUCCGCAGAGUGAAGGACAUGCAGUGGUACCGUCGAGGCUGCUUCGAGACCACCUCCACCUAGACCCCCCACCCACCCCUUCCCAGGGGCUUGCAGGGGGCCGGGUCUCACUGCAACAGACAGACCACCCUGCCAGUGACAGACAGCCACCCAACAACGAGCGACUGAGCCGUCAGCAAAAUCAAUACUGGAAGACCUUCAGUCUUUUAGAUCUGCACCUGCAAACAAAAUGCUACUCAAAUAAUAAGGAUAUUAAUUCCCAGUGCUGCAGGGGGCUCGUUUCUAAGACUGAGAGCAAAUACAGUGGGCAAAAGAGAUCUUUCAGGUUUUGGUAUUCAUUCUUGAUUUUUUAUUUAGUUUUAAUUUCCAAGUCAUAAAAAACAUACAUAGUAUUUAUUUCUCUCUCUCUAUAUAUACAGUAUGUACUGUCACACUGAUCUGCGCUCAGCCUUUUGAAAAAGUAAACCCGCAGUUCCGACAGGUGACCAGCAGGGCGCAGUGUUCACUGAAAUACGGCAUGAUAACUGGGCUCCAGAAGUGUGGCCUUUCUCUUACCGUUGAGUGACAACAAUGUCCUGUCAAGUAGCGUCCUGUCAAGCGGCUGUGAACUCCCGUUUCCUUCGUGGGCGGACAGCACUAAGCAUUCUUGUAUAACGCUGUAUCUUUCUCAGGGAUGCAGGCAUCUGAAAUUCAACGUCUUUAAAUCCAAGUAAAGAUGAAACACCUCCGCUCUCCGCAGGCAGCCUGGUGGCGCCUAGCUGUACCUUCACAUCUCUUUUUCAAAUGCAUUUACUGUUUGUAUCACAUUUUAAAAAUAAACGUGGUCAUUCUUUUAAAAGAAACGCACCGCGUCUGGUGUCCGUAUCAAUUCAGAGUUGUAUUGCAGGAACAGAAAAUAGAAUUACAACAAUCAAUUAGACGGCUGUAGUGCUGCUCUGUGAGUUUCUAUACAUGGUCCUGCUGCAUUGCUCUGGCGCUGUUUCAUAUAAAGCAGGUCACACCGAAACCUUUCCCCAGUUUGAGAACCAGUGCAUUAAACAAACACAGGGAAACGCUUCAACCACGAGGCUGGAAAUAAAGGCGUGGAAACCAAGGCUGGCAAAUCAAUAUCCUCACUUCUUAUUAGCAAAAGCAGUCUCAGCAAUGGUCACCUUUUCAUUACAAUACACAUUUUACACAGAUUA